AUGUCUGCCGUUAGAGAUGCGUUUCGCGGGAUUGAAGUGGACUAUCGGCAGCUUUUGAGUGAUGUGGUGGUCGCUCGAAAUCGAAUACGGACCGCUAUCUCUCGGAAGACUCUCGAGGCGAUCCACGAUGAGCGGGAGGUUAGUUUUGUGCUGAUAGCACGCGGUUACGAGUUCGUUGUCAUGUUCCUGGCAGUGCUAGCCUUGGGAGGCAUCGCAGUCCCUACCAGUAUCCAUAUUACUCAACAAGAACUCAACCAUGUGUUGCGGACAUGUCGAGCCUCUGCCACGAUCUGCUCUGGAGACUACUCCAGCAUGGCGCGAUCUGGGACACCAGCCGGGGAAAAUGAAGAUAGUUACGCCGUGAUACCGCUGGACAGCACAGUCAAGAACACGCCUGUAUGUCCCGACACACUGACAUUUUCAUCAUCCAAGACUCCGGAUCCAAACAAACCAGGCUUGAUCAUCUUCACCUCGGGAUCAACCGGUCCUCCUAAGGGGGUUGCUCUGCGGCGGUACAACCUAUUCACUCUUUCAAGCUUACAAUGUUGGAAGCAAAACAUCCGGCCAGGAUACGUGGGGCUAAACUUGCUACCUACGCAUCACGCCACGGGACUGCUGGUCAACAUACUUCCUGUUUUGGUGGGUGGAGGCUGUGUGGAGUUCACCGAGCCCAGAUUCGACGCCGUCAAGAUCUGGCAGCGCAUCAAGUUGGGAGGCAUCAAUUUGUUUUCCGCCGUCCCGACGAUCUACGUGCGUCUCCUGCAACACUGGGAAAAGUGGGCGCCAGGCAUUGAAUCGGGUGAGAGGGAGGUUUAUCAGACCGCAAUUGCGAAGAUUGAGCAGUUUCACUGUGGCUCGGCCGCCUUACCCGCAGCCGUGGCGUCUAAGUGGGCAGCACUAUGCAAUGGCCGGCAGAUCGCCGAAAGAUAUGGUGGGACAGAGUUCGGAAACCCUUUCGCCCACCGUGCUGGCAGUCCCACUGUGAUUGUGAGUUCAAACCCAGAACACAAAUACCGUACGGGUGCCAGACUGAUGGAGAUAUUCAGGGGUCUGUGGGCACGACAAAUCCAGGUAUAG